AUGAACGAGAAAGCCAACGUUUCUAAGGAGCUCAACGCCAAGCACAAAAGGAUACUAGAAGGACUUCUUAAAUUACCAAAGAAUAGGGAGUGUGCUGACUACAAAGCUAAAGGACCAAGAUGGGCUAGUGUCAAUCUUGGCAUCUUUAUUUGCAUGCAGUGUUCAGGAAUACAUCGAAGUCUUGGGGUACAUAUUUCAAAGGUUCACUCUGCUACUUUAGACACUUGUCUCCCAGAGCAGGUUGCAUUUAUUCAAUCUAUGGGAAAUGAGAAAGCAAAUAGUUAUUGGGAAGCAGAAUUACCUCCAAAUUAUGACAGAGUUGGUAUUGAAAACUUCAUCCGUGCAAAGUAUAAAGACAAGAGAUGGGUUGCAAGGGAUGCUAAGUCAAAACCACCUUCUAGACUGUUCAUCCAUUUCACCCAAUUUCUGCACGAUGAUUUUCAACAACAACUUGCACUUCCUAAAGCAUUUUCUGACAAUUUAAAGAAGAGAUUGCCAGAAAAUGUGGUCCUUAAAGGUCCUAGUGAAGUUGUGUGGAAUAUAGGGCUGGUAAUUAGAGAUGAUUCUGUUUACUUUGUGAACGGUUGGGAACGAUUUGUGAAGGAUCACUCUUUGAAAGAGAAUGAUUUCCUUGUCUUUAAGUACAAUGGUGAAUCACUCUUUGAGGUUUUAGUCUUUGAUGGAAACAGUUUCUGUGAGAAGGCAGCUUCUUAUUUUGUUGGAAAAUGCGGACCUGCUCAAACUGAACAAGGUGGUAGCAAGGCAAAGGACAACAACAAUUCUGUUGAAGAAGUCAAUACUGCUUCUAAUGGGGGUUUUACUGUUGAGUGUGGUUCAUCUGAGAAACUUCGGCAUCUUAAGAAAGUAGGAGCACCAUUAGCUGUACCUUUUGAAACUGCCAACGGAAAGACUUCCAAUGCUGGCGUAAGAACUGAUUCCCCUGAGCUGUUCAUGGCUGAUGCACCUACUACAGUUAAUGAUUCAUCCAAACCCACACCGGUUGAUAAUAAUAUGGAAUAUGAGUCUCAGAGAGUAUUGAGUAAUUUGCCACAAUCUGAACUCCGGCUCCUGUGCUCGCUGCUUGCACAUGAAGGUUUGUCAGAAAAUGCAUAUACUCUUGUUGCGGAGGUAGUGCAGAAAUUGGUGGCCAUUGCUCCAACUCAUUGUCAGCUUUUUGUCACUGAGCUAGCUGAGGCAGUUCAAAAUUUAACAUCUUCUGCAAUGGCCGAGUUACAUGUAUUCGGUGAAGCUAUGAAAGCUCUUCUUAGUACCACAUCUACAGAUGGAGCUGCAAUUUUGAGAGUUUUGCAAGCCCUGAGUUCCCUUGUCACAUCACUAACUGCUGAGGAUCACGGUGAUAGAGUUACUCCUGCUGCUCUUUCAGAGGUUUGGCAAAUCAAUUCAGCAUUAGAACCAUUGUGGCACGAGCUGAGCUGUUGCAUAAGCAAAAUAGAGUCCUACUCUGAAUCUACAUCUGAGCUCUUCACCCCAUCUACAUCAUCUGCUUCUCAACCCACUGGUGCCACGCCUCCACUUCUAGCUGGCUCUCAAAAUAUCUUGCCAUACAUAGAAUCUUUCUUUGUGGUUUGUGAGAAAUUGCACCCCACACAGCUAGGUGUUAAUCAUGACUCAAGUAUUCCUGUUAUUUCUGAUGUUGAGAAUGCAAGUACAUCUGCAUCUCAGCAGAAAGUAUCCGGACUUGGUAUAAAAGUAGAUGAGAAGAAUAUAGCUUUUGUUAGGUUCUCAGAGAAGCAUAGAAAGCUUCUAAAUGCUUUUAUAAGGCAAAAUCCUGGUUUGCUUGAGAAAUCUUUCUCCCUCAUGCUGAAGGUUCCAAGAUUUAUUGAUUUUGAUAACAAACGGGCCCACUUCCGAUCAAAAAUUAAGCAUCAGCAUGACCAUCACCAUAGCCCCUUAAGAAUAUCCGUAAGAAGGGCAUAUGUUCUAGAAGAUUCUUAUAACCAGCUUCGCAUGAGACCAACUCAAGAUUUGAAGGGAAGCUGA